AUGCCGACCACGUAUGUGCGCCCGCUGCUGCUGCUGCUGCUCCUCAUCCUUGCCUUCUCGCGGGUGUCUUCUUCCUCGCUCCACGGCGAGCCUGGAGACCGGGAGGCGCUGCUGGCGUUCAAGGAGGGGCUGUCUGACCACUCAGGCUCACUGAGCUCAUGGAACACCACAAACACAGACUUGUGCCGGUGGACCGGCGUGGCAUGCAGCCGGAGGCACCCAGGCAGGGUGUCAUCCCUGUACCUGCCUUCCAGAGGCCUCGCAGGCACCAUUUCUCCGGCAAUCGGCAACCUCACUUUUCUUCAGACGCUUAAUCUCGGUUCCAACACGCUGUCCAGGGAGAUGCCACGUGCGAUCGGGAAGCUACGUCGUCUGCGUCAGCUUGAUUUGGCCAACAACUCCAUCCAUGGCGAGAUUCCUGUGGAGCUCUGCAACUAUUCCAGCCUUGAGUACAUGACACUGUCUAAGAACAACCUGCAGGGGGAAAUCCCUGCUGCUCUUGGGUCACUCUCUCGACUGCGAGUCUUCUAUCUUACCGCUAACAAUUUGGUAGGAGGUGUCCCGCUGUCGGUCGGUAACCUCUCGUCGCUUGAGAGGCUAUCUCUGUAUGGAAAUAAUCUGGAGGGGUCCAUCCCGGAGGGGCUUUCCCGCCUUGCCCGUCUCCAGUUCAUUCAAGUGGCGAGGAAUAAUCUCUCAGGAACAAUUCCGCCGCUGUUCUUCAACAUGUCAGUUCUUCAGUAUCUUGGUUUUGGAUCCAACAAACUGCAAGGAAGCCUACCACCUGAUGCAAGCAUCAACCUGCCAAUCCUUGAAGAGCUCCAUUUGGGCAACAAUUACCUGUCCGGGAGGAUCCCGAGCUCCCUAGCGAAUGCCACAAAGAUCCAACUGCUAAGUCUGGCCCGUAACAACUUCCACGGAAUGGUGGCCCCUGAGAUAGGCAAGCUAUGCCCUAUUCGUGUUGAGUUAGGCGGCAACAUGCUGCAAGCUGGUGAUGCUGAGGGUUGGGAAUUCAUGAGAUUCUUCACAAACUGCACCCGUAUACAAUUGCUAGAUCUUGACAGUAACAACCUAGGAGGGGUGCUUCCAAGUUAUGUAGCUAACUUUUCAUGGCAGAUCCAGUGGCUAAGCAUGGCAGGAAAUGGAAUCACUGGGAUAAUCCCUCCAGGUAUUGGAAACCUUGUCAACCUUGCUGACCUAGAGCUAGGGGAAAACGGUGUUCUUUCUCCAGAAGUUGGAAACCUACAUAAUAUUGCAAGUUUGGAUCUGUCAAAAAACAACUUGUCAGGAGACAUACCAGAUCUCUCCUUUAACCACCUGCAUGGCGAGGUGCCUCUAAGCGGCGUGUUCGCCAACAUGAGUGGGUUCUCAAUAAUUGGUAAUGAUGGCCUUUGUGGUGGCAUUCCAGAGCUGAAAUUGCCUCCUUGUCAGCGGAAAAUAACAAUGCAUAUGAUGAAAAUUUCAAGCCCACAUGUGUGGGUUGACAACUAUUCCGGAGUUCUUUUUCCAGAAAGGCAUCCAAGAGUUUCAUACCUUGAAAUAUUUCAAGCUACAGAUGGCUUUGCACCUGACAAUCUGAUAGGUGCAGGAAAAUAUGGCUCGGUGUAUAAAGGAAACAUGUCUCUUCCAUCUGUCAAAAAUGGUGUUGUAGCUGUUAAAGUGUUCACUCUUCACGAAACUGGUUCUUCCAGAAGUUUCUUGGCAGAAUGUAUGGCUCUCAGACGAGCUAAACAUAGGAACUUGAUAAACAUUAUCACAUGCUGUUCUAGCAUUGACCCCAGUGGCAAUGAAUUCCGAGCUCUCGUGUUCGAGUUCAUGCCUAACUUGAGCCUUGAUAGAUGGUUGCAUCCAGGAACAGACGAGCAGUGGCACAAGUUGAGUACCGUCCACCUGUUGAACAUAGUGAUUGAUGUUGCAGAUGCGCUAGACUAUCUUCACAAUAAUAGUCGGCCACCAGUAAUCCACUGUGAUUUGAAGCCUGGCAACAUCCUCCUUGGUAGUGAAUGGACUGCUUAUGUUGCUGACUUUGGGCUUUCAAAGCUGGUUGGCGAGCAUAUCGAUCAAUCCAGAUUGAAUUCCAGGAAUUCUUUUGGGAUAAGAGGAACUAUAGGAUAUGUUGCUCCAGAAUAUGGAUCAGGAGGGAAAGUAUUGAUUGCUGGUGAUGCUUACAGCUUUGGGAUUACUCUGCUAGAGAUGUUCACGGGGAGGGCACCAACUGAUGAUAUGUUCAGAGAAGGCUUGAGUCUGCACUUGUUUGCUGAGAUGGCAUAUCCUGACAAGAUAUCAGAAAUCAUUGACCCAGCUCUGUUACAGAUGCAGCCAUAUGAUAAAGAUCAAACAAGGUUGGACAAUGUAUUGGCUUGCCUAGCUUCUGUUAUAAGAAUCGGCAUCUUGUGCUCAAAGGAAACCCCGUCCGAAAGAAUGAACAUGAGAAAUGCUGCCGCUGAGCUGCAUAGAAUCAGAGAUGUAGGCAUGGAGUUCUCUGUCAAGGAAUGCCCUUAA